UCCUCAAAAAAAUAAUAGAAGGCGCUUGCCUAGCUAAAGACGGUCUAUAUCAAAUCCUUUUUGUCACUAAUGGUAAACUUACACAAGAUGAAGUAGAUAUUUAUAACUAUUUAAGAACAAUUAUUUUCGAUGAAGGUGUUAGUCAGUAUACUACUCUGGUUCGUACUCGUUUUCCUAAUUUUCAGGAAAAAGAAACGCUUUACGACGAUUUAAAAAGGAUGAUUAAAGAAAGCAAUGAGCUUGUGGAAUUAUUGCGUUCCUGUCGCGAUUUUAUCUAUGUUAAUAAUCCCUCGCUAAAAGAAGUAAAUAAUAAUAUUGAGAUAUUUGAAGAAACAAGAAACGCUUCACGAAAGGAAUUAAUGAAAGCUUUGAGUUCUUGCGGAGAGGAAACUUAUAAAGCAAAAGGCUUAAAUAGUUUGAGCCAGAGAAUUAAAGAACCAAUUACCAAAGAAAAAAUCUUGCGACGGGACUUAGCAACUAUUACCGACAAUGAUCCUCAUAAGGAAUUGCUAGCAACUCUUUAUAGAGAAAAAAUAGAAGAAACAAAAACUUUUGCUAUUCAAGUAAUCCAUACAUGUAUUAUAGAAGCAAAACAAACUGAAAUUCAAGGAGAUAGUUACUGGCAAAGAACACCACAAAGAACACCAACAAAUCUACCAGGAACAAGCGAUGUUGCUACAAUAACAGCAGCUAUCGCAGGAGCUAUAAUUCAAGGAUUGUUUACAGUAAUAUAA